CAUAUAUGUGGUAAAGAGGCACUAACUUAGAGAGGAGAUAAGAUUAUACACUGUUUGUAAGGCUUCUAUACUCAUUAGCGGUUAGCCUCUCAACCAAAGCAGCAAAACAGAAAAAAAAAAUGGCCUCAGCUUCACUCCUCAAGUCUUCUCCAGUCCUUGACAAGUCUGAGUUUGUGAAAGGUCAGUCUCUCCGCCAGCCUUCUGCAUCAAUUGUCCGGUGCCACUCCGCCGCCUCCUCUGCCCUCACCAUUCGUGCCAGCUCCUAUGCUGAUGAGCUUGUCAAGACUGCGAAAACAGUUGCAUCACCUGGACGUGGUAUUCUGGCAAUGGAUGAGUCCAAUGCUACCUGUGGAAAAAGACUUGCAUCAAUAGGGCUAGAGAACACUGAGGCUAACCGCCAAGCAUACCGUACACUUCUUGUUACAGCUCCUGGCCUUGGCCAAUACAUUUCUGGUGCUAUCCUCUUUGAGGAGACUCUCUACCAAUCCACCGUUGAUGGCAAAAAGAUAGUUGAUAUUCUUGUUGAGCAAAACAUUGUCCCUGGUAUCAAAGUCGACAAGGGUUUGGUGCCUCUAUCUGGCUCCAACAAUGAAUCAUGGUGCCAAGGUCUUGAUGGUCUUGCCUCUCGCACUGCUGCUUACUACCAACAGGGUGCUCGUUUCGCCAAAUGGCGUACUGUUGUGAGCAUUCCCAAUGGGCCAUCUGCUUUGGCAGUGAAGGAAGCAGCUUGGGGUCUUGCGCGCUAUGCUGCUAUUUCUCAGGACAAUGGAUUGGUCCCAAUUGUGGAGCCAGAAAUCUUGCUCGAUGGUGAACAUGGCAUUGAAAGAACAUUUGAAGUUGCACAGAAGGUGUGGGCUGAGGUUUUUUUCUACUUGGCAGAGAACAAUGUGUUGUUUGAGGGUAUUCUCCUGAAGCCAAGUAUGGUCACUCCAGGAGCUGAAUGCAAAGACAGGGCCACUCCUCAACAAGUUUCUGACUACACCCUCAAACUCCUUAAGAGGAGAAUCCCACCAGCCGUCCCCGGAAUCAUGUUUUUGUCUGGCGGGCAAUCUGAGGUUGAAGCAACCCUGAACCUGAACGCCAUGAACCAAGGUCCAAACCCAUGGCAUGUGUCCUUCUCAUAUGCUAGAGCUCUGCAGAACACCUGCCUGAAGACAUGGGGAGGCAGACCAGAGAAUGUGAAGGCAGCUCAGGAAGCUCUGCUUAUCCGAGCCAAGGCCAACUCCCUUGCUCAGCUUGGCAAGUACACCGGCGAAGGAGAAUCAGAAGAGGCCAAGAAAGAAUUGUUCGUUAAGGGCUAUGUGUACUAAGCUUCAAAAGGUUGAAGAAGAUGCAUGGAGGAAAAGGAGGGAAGUAAUUAAAAUGCAAAAUUAAUUAAUUUGUCACUUAAUUGUGUGUUAAAUGCUUUUUAUAGCCAUGGAGACUAUUUUUGUUCUUUUGUUACAUGUACUUUUAGCCACUUAAUAAUCCUCUUGCUAAUGAGAUUAGUUAGUGUGUACUUAAUAUGAUGCACCAUUAUACUAAAACCAUUAAGAUGGCUAUAGUAGUUGUUUAUUAUUAUUGUUA